GUCUGGUUCUAAAUGUUUGAGCAAGAAUAAAUGUAAUAAUUAUCAUAAAUAACACAUGUUAACAGAGUGGGGGAAAAAAGUAAAUACUUAAAAAUAAAUUGAGUUUACCUUCUUCUGUUGCCAACUGCGGGAAGUUCCCUACGCGGAGUUUGUUUGUUAACGACUGAUCCAUCAGUUUACUUCUUUUGACUGGCUCCUUUUUUCUUAUUCCUAACCAUCGCCGGUUCAAUUUUGGCCCAUUGUGUUUUUAAACCAAAGGAAAAAGCUACAAAAGCAGGCCCCGAGGUUUUAUGCGACAAAUCCUUUGAACACGAGGGCAUGAGCCGGAUUUAACCAGAACUCAAACCCUACGCUGAGAUAUCUCGGCCCGCCCUCAAUUGUCAAUUGGGAUAUAUACAGCUACCUCUCGUGCCCACAGGCUGGCUGCCCUCCAGGGAGUCAAUACGAUAUUUGUACUUUCCUGGCGCACAUUUGACCAUAUAACUAACCCGGUUCCGCUGCCUCAUCGACCACAAUACCACCACCGCAAGACUUAAUCUGAGGACGCCUACAGACACCGCGAAAGGCAGCGUUAGCCGACCUCGAAAGUAGAAGAAUCGAACUAAGCCACUCGAGCUGUUCGCCUGCGCGACCUCUUGGGCUGUUACUGUUUAUUUUUUUAUAUUUUUUUUGUGGCGAGAGAAGAAAGUUGGCCACGCCAUCUUUCACGUCGCCGUUGCCAAUUCAAAAAUUUCGCAAGAGGACAGUGAAGGAGUAAAGCAAAGAAAGCGGACCAAAAGAUUAAAAGAAAAGAGCCCAGAAAGGAGAGAAAGAUUACAAAAGAAAAUCAAAGCGAAAAGCAUCGAAAGAGAGUGCUGUCAAAGCCAUCUAUCUACCUACCCCAUCCCAUCACCGGGCCGAAACCUGUCUUCAUACCAAUCAUACCUUGUAUAUAUCUCCUCUCUCACCCAGCUUAAGCCGACUCUUUCGCAGAGGUGAUUGUUCUGCACUGACCGCCUGGGAAUGGAAACUCUGGAUUCAACCCUCAUCGCCUUCAAUCGCAGGCCUCUCCUUCCCCGACCUCGUCUCCAGCGGCCGCCAGUGUCAGUUGCGCCCGCCAAAACCCAAAACCCAAGGUCAACCCCUCCUCAGCCCAAGUCCAAGUUGGCCUGUCUCUUCGCGGGCUGUUGGACCACUCGGUUCACCAGCGUUACGCCCGGCAUCUGCUGCAUGAUCCCUCUUGCUCGGCGGAGCGGCUGAUUACACGACCGGAUUUUGCUCCUGUCUACCUGCCGCAUUGAGGGUGCUACUUCCUCCCGUGAACGAGCUCUACGCACCUACAUAGACGGAGUAUAUUUGUUGUUGUUGUUGUUGUUGUGAUAUACCAUUUCUCUCUUCCUCUUUUUUCUUUUCUACCCCCCGAGAUAUUCAUCUUUUCUUGUGCCGCGGUCCUCAGAUUUCAGGGGAGUUAUAUCGACAUACUCCAAUAUUCCUCGUCACAUCCCAAGCCCUUGUGUGUCUUCGGGGUUUUGGCUGGGUCACAUCUGGCCCUCCCCAACAAAAAACAUUUGCGCCUCCUUACAUAAAUAGCAAUGGUUUACCGGGGUUGACGACUUCAAUCCGAGAAAGGGGUAAAUAGGUUGCGCAGCGCUGGGACAAAGGUCUUAUAUACUGGAGUUGGCAUCUAUUAAGUGGGCUGGCAGAACCAAUUCAAGUAGCUGUUGCGGCACAGUACUCCCCCUUCGCAAGCCAUUCUGUCUUUUAAGAACUUGCAUUGAAAGAAUAUUAGUUGGUUUAUUGGUUCAUUUGUUGCCAGCAAUUGGUUAUCUCCAAAUGGUCGGCCUAAUCGUCAUCCUUGGCUUGUCCGCUCUUUUAUUUAUCGUGAACUUCACUUGUCGACAUCGAAAGCCAUCCCACACUCGUACCCCCUCGCAACCACACGGUGGACUGGGGAAGCAGAGCACAAAGGCAUGCCGCGGCAACUUAACAGGAAUGGGCCACCUAAAAUCAGAUAACACUACGUCCCAAACCUCUGAUACCGCAGCGCAUACCUUUCCGGAAAUCCCUCCUGGCACUCAACCGUCCUAUCUUGCCGAAGGCGGCGCUAAUAUAGUCUACAAGUUUACGGUUCCCAAUAACCAUGCUCCAGCAGCUACGACAAAUGGGUACGGGCAACAGCAGAAUAGCAGGAAAUUGCUGCGGCUGCGGAAGCAGAUCGGUUCGGGCACGCCUUACCCCGACACCAUGAAUAACUUUGAUAGCUACAUCAGACCUAUGUUUGAUGAUCACGAAUUGGUCGACCAGGAACUUGUUAGGCUCCCUAAAGGAUUCAUAGCAUAUUGCAACGAACAGCUCCGUGUAGAUGAAGCGCGCAAUUUACGCCCAAAAGGACGCUUUGGUGUUUACUUAUCCGUCAAGGAGCCCUUCGGUUUAAUGAUCACUGACAUGACUCCUGCACCAGGGUCAGGCGAAUGCUUGUGGGAAUUCAAACCGAAGUGGUUGCUUCAGUCGCCAUCAGCGCCACCCGAUGCAAAACGAUGCAGGACUUGUGCGUUGCGAGAGAUGAAAAACUAUAAUGCACGAAAAGCUGGCAGCUCCGAAAAGCAGUCAUUUUGCCCGCUUGAUUUAGUUUCGGAUAGCUUUGAGGAUGUAUUGCGCGCAACACGAUUUAUUCGUGGAGGUCAUGGGAGAGAGCGUGUCGCCGCGUUCUUGCAUCGAAAUAGCACCCUACUUAAACUUCAGGAGUGUCAGCGCCAGAUGAAUGCAGUGGGCCUCCCUGGUUUACGGGCACAUAUCCGGGAACGUGCGAUUUCCAUGACGCUGAGGGACUGCACCAUGUUUGUUAGGGUUCCACAUGACGAACAUGAACCGCUCGAAGCACGUCUGGGAGAUCUUGAUUUCAAGAGUGGAAUCGGCGGGAAGCUGCAGUAUUGGCGAGAAACGGAAAGUCGACUCAUUGAAGACGGGUGGUACAGAGGGACCCAUCAGGAUCAGGGGCCUAGCGAAUGUUCGUUACAAGGGCCGCGGGGUGACUUCCAUACGUUUGCGGAGGGGAAGAUAUAGUAAUGACUGGGGAAAGGAGGGGUGUACCUCCAUCUUUACGGUAAUACCGGCGGGUUCAUUGGAAUAAUGAACGUUCAGAAAGACUGUCUGCCUGCGCCUUUGGCUAAGAGGGUAGUUGAUGUAUAUUAGAUUUUCUUUUCUAAUGGCUUUUGUUAUGGUCGGUCGAGUUUGGAGGCCUUUUCGUUUUCGUUUCUCUCCCCCUUUUCUAUUUUUUCUUUUUUCUUUAUUAACCUGCUUGUGCUACAUAGUAGCUAUAAUAUUUACUAUUAAUUCUACCUCGAUGAUUAUUAUAUGCAAGAUUCGGUGCAAGUGCUCUUUUAGCCAACGGUGAGAUUUAUUCUCUAAGAAGCGUUUUUGUACACUCUGUGCACGGUAACUUGAUGAAGCCGGGUCAAACUCGUAACCGCUUUGGUAAGAGUGAUAGUUUCAGUUAACUAUUUGAAUCACUAAUGUUGCGUAA